ACCGAAGAAACUUUGUAGUUGUUCAAAGUGAGCAUAGGUGAAACAAAAACUGGUAAUCGUAAAAAAGAUUGAGCAAAACCAAUGAUGCAAGCGACACUGACAAUAAAGGAAGAAAUUAUUAGUCCAUGUGCUUCAACUUGUGACAGUGUUUUUGAUCAAACAGAAGAAGACAUUAGAAAACUUUCUUGUUCAAGCAACGAAUCCUGUAUGAGUUCAAAUGCUUCAAGCAGCAAUGAUAGCGGAAUUUUAUCUGAUAUUCGGGAGAGGAAGCACGUAACCGGACAACGUGAAACCUCCAAUUCCUCAAUCGUGGAGAAAAAUCUUGAGUUUCACUUAAGUGGAGCACAAAAAGAAAAAAUUCAAGAAAUAUUAGAUUCUGUCCAAAGGUUGUCUGAUAAUGAAAAGUUGUUGCUGUACUUGAAAUUACCAACAAGAGAACAAGAACAAUCAAUCUCACUUUCCAACACAAAGCAGGAACAAACAAUUGCUUUCCAAUGGAUACGAAGCCAUUUGGAAGAAUGUGAUAAUACUGUCAAUCUUCCAAAGCAUGAGGUUUAUGAGCAGUACAGAGCUUAUUGUGAAAAAAAUGGAUCAAAAAGAUUUCUUAGUGCGCCUGAUUUUGGAAAAAUUGUAAAGUGCAUUUUUCCAAAUGUUAAAGCUAGAAGAUUGGGUACAAGAGGAAAUUCUAAGUACUGUUAUAAUGGUCUUCGAAAAGUUUCCAAAGCUGCUUCGGAUAACAUGCCAUCUGGUAUAAAAGAAUUAGGAGAGGUUAAUAGUGAAGUUGAAGGAGAAAAGAAAGACCGUGGUGAACAGGCGUUUUCAGCUGCAUGUGUGCUAGUUUGUGAAUGGGCAAACAAACUCCUGGGAAGACUUUUUGAUACGCUAAUUGACCUAGCAAAAUUUUUAGUCAGUGGAAGUUAUGUGUCAACAAAGUCAAUAGCAGCAUUGACCCUAAUGUCAGCCAGUCAGGAGAGUAUUGAUAAAAUUAACAAAAGGUUCGCAUCGGAUGGCUUGAUUAAAUCUACUGCGAAAGAUGAAGGACGUCCAAAAUCAAGUCAUAGCAUUUCUACUCCAUCAAAAACUGUGAAAAGUGCACCCUCCACCACUGCAAGUCCUCUACAAGUCGUACCAACCACACCUGUGAAAAGUCAGACAAUAAAUUCUUCCACUAGUCGAGAUUGUGACAUGAAACUCGAAGAAUACAGUAUAGAUGUGUCUGCACCUGUAUUCUUGGAGGACAAUUCAAGCGAUUCGACAAAAAUUGUGACCUCCUCGCAGCAGAAUGUCUUGAUGAACGAUGUGAAUGUUUUACUAACAAAUAAUAAUCAAAACGGACCUAAAUCCCAAUUUCAACUCAACAAUGACGAAAAAAUAUCCGUAAACUUAAACCGCUCUAAGAAGGUUCCAGAAAUACUUCCGCUUUCUGUAUUGCCUUCACCACAACGCCAGAUUUCUUCCCCUGUUAGUUAUAAAACUCCAAAAAAGGUUGGUCGUCCACGUUCAACAAAGAAGACAAAUACAACAGCAUCACCCUACUCAAAACAAUCGCCCAUGAUGUCACCAAGACACAUGCAGCAGUCAUAUAAUAUUAACAUGCCACCCCCGUCUCCAGCUACUGCUGUUAACAUGACAACUAACAGGUUUGACAACUGGCCUGUUGCAUCGCCUCAGUCCUCUCCACAUAACAUCCUCAAUCCUGGUCUUGUUUCGCCUAUAAACAAUGAAAUACAUAACAUAUUUCUAAACAGUCGCAUGACACCUGUAAAUCAACCAAUCAAUAUGCAGAGAUGUCACUCGGUUCCAGUUCCUCAAAAUAAUUGUAACGAACUUUACCAGCCGCUAACACCUCAGCUAUGUAACGUUUCGAAUUUACCGAGUCCGAGAAAUAAUACUUUUAAAGCAAAACGGAACUUAUCGUCAUUCUUUAACGACGAUAAUGCAAUGCAACGACAAAGCAUGCAGAUGCCGAGUGAAAACUUUCCAAUUGAUUUGUUAAGAAGUAUCCACAAUCCUCGAUCUGAUAUAAUGCCGAAUAUUAAUCCACACAAUCCUAUAAACAGUUCUAAUGCUGCAGUGGUCCCUAUAAAUCCGACAGCCAAUCCGGCAUAUGCUAUGCAACAAAGUCAGCAACGACAUUUUCCGGCUGUUAAAAUGCAGCAGGAUAGCAUUGGGACAAAUGAUUUUGGUCAACUUUUGGACGAUUGGCCAAGUGUUGAUGAGUUUGUUGAUUUACCUGCGGGCUUUGGUAAUGUGGAUAGUGAUGAACUCUUACAAAGUUUGCAAAGCUCUGAAAAUAUUUGGGCCAACGAGUGGAACCAUACAUCGUUGCCGGUAAUUUAGCAUUUUUACGGAUAACUGAGCAUUUUUACCGAUAACUGAGCAUUUUUACGGGUAACUUAGCAUUUUUUAAAACAACUAACUUUUAAUUUUAACUACUUACAUGUUUUUACACAAGGCAGUACAUCGCAAAUUUUUUAUCACGCAUCUUGUGUCUAUCUUGUGUCCGAAUAAAAAAAGUUCUCGUACAUAUUAUUAUAUUAUAAUUAUUACUACUAUUUAUACUAUGUAAGUUAUAAUUACGUCUAUAUAUUAUUUAUGUAAACUUUUUCUGUUUUUAUAUCUCUAAUUUGUCGUGGAAAUAAGAUUUUUCACAAGAGGGUGCUUACAGCCAUUCUUCCAUGAAUGGCGUGAUGUCUUGUUAUAAAGUCUUUCAAAAAUAUUAAGGAACAUAAGCCAGAAAAGUUUUAUUGUAGCCUUUAAUUGUAUAUUUAUAUUUAUUUGUUCAUAUUGGAAUGUCAAUCAA